GGAUUGUAAGGCGUGCCGCGUGCUGACAGCGAGUCAGCGAACAAACCGUGUUUGUGGUGCAGAGAGACAGACAGUAGUUGCCCUCAUUCCCCCCCCCCACCUUUGAGCGCAGUGGUAGCGGCCAACAUGUAUCCAGUGCCUGUGGCUGGGGUACGCGAGCUUCUUGUCACCAGUGGAUCGACAAUGGCGGCGGUUGAAGUAGCUCGGCAAAUGUCCGAAGGUGCCCGCAACCUUUCACUGUCUGGGCACGUUGGCUUUGACAGUAUGCCAGACCAGUUAGUCAACAAGUCAGUGUGUCAAGGUUUCUGCUUCAACAUUCUGUGUGUGGGGGAAACUGGUCUUGGAAAGUCCACGUUAAUGGACACCCUGUUCAACACCAGGUUCGAAGGUGACCCAGCAGCUCACAAUCAGCCAGGAGUCCACAUAAAGUCCAACAACUAUGAACUACAAGAAAGUAAUGUUCGCCUGAAGCUGUCCAUCGUAAACAGUGUGGGAUUUGGAGACCAAAUUAACAAGGAAGAAAGCUACAAGUCUAUCGUAGAGUUUAUAGAUGCUCAAUUUGAGGCCUACCUGCAGGAAGAGCUGAAGAUCAAGCGCACGCUGCACAACUACCACGACAGCCGGAUCCAUGUGUGCCUGUACUUCAUCGCCCCCACUGGCCACUCUUUAAAGUCUCUCGAUUUGGUGACCAUGAAAAAAUUGGACAGCAAGGUCAACAUCGUCCCAAUCAUUGCUAAAGCAGAUUCCAUCUCCAAGAAUGAACUCCAGAAAUUCAAGAUCAAGAUAAUGAGUGAAUUGGUGAGCAAUGGAGUGCAGAUUUAUCAGUUCCCAACAGAUGAUGAGACAGUGGCAGAGAUCAAUGGAACGAUGAAUGCGCACUUACCAUUUGCUGUAGUUGGAAGCACAGAGGAAAUAAAGAUUGGGAACAAGAUGAUGAAGGCACGCCAAUACCCCUGGGGCACUGUCCAGGUGGAGAAUGAAAACCACUGCGACUUUGUGAAACUACGAGAGAUGCUAAUCCGAGUCAAUAUGGAGGAUCUUCGUGAACAGACACAUGCACGUCACUAUGAGCUGUACCGGCGCUGCAAGCUGGAGGAGAUGGGAUUCAAGGACACAGAUCCUGAUAAUAAACCCUUCAGCUUGCAGGAAACAUACGAGGCUAAGAGAAAUGAGUUUCUCGGGGAGCUGCAGAAGAAAGAGGAAGAGAUGAGACAGAUGUUUGUAAUGAGAGUGAAGGAGAAGGAAUCAGAACUGAAAGAAGCAGAGAAGGAGCUGCAUGAUAAAUUUGACCGUUUAAAGAAACUUCAUCAGGAUGAAAAGAAGAAGCUAGAAGAUAAGAAAAAGAGCCUGGAUGAUGAAAUCAAUGCCUUUAAACAGAGAAAGACUGCAGCUGAAUUGCUUCAGUCACAGGCCCAGCAGUCUGGGAGCCAGCAGACGCUGAAACGAGACAAGGAGCGGAAAAACUUCUUUUAAUGUAUCUUCAUGGGCUGCUCUCUGGAGGAGGAGACUGCGACUUGUAGAAGAGUUAGGGACUCUUGUGCUGUGGCCGAGAUCUGUUCUUUAACUGUGAAAACUAACACUGUACUCUUAAGGGCAAUGUUCAGCUUGUGUGGGAUUUUUUUUUAAAACCCUUCACAGCCCCAUUUUGUGUUUGCAAGUUAUCUUAUAAAUAGGACUAAAGGUUGUAAAAAGUUUGGUUUUUGAAUUUUGCUCGUUUGCGGAUUAAGACUGCAAUUUUUCCCUCCUUAUUUAAUAGCUUCUGUUUUCGUGUUCUCCAUUCUCAGAAUUCAGCAAACAUGUACUAUUUACCACUUCAGUAUAGCUGUUUAGAUUAAUUUGACACUUUUAUUGUCUAGCUGAAUAUUUUUUGUAAACUGCUUUAUGACAGUGUUUUAUUGGGCUGUCUUUAAUUUAGCAGUACAGUUCUAGUUUUAAAAAAUAGUUUGCCAGGCAUUUUGCUUUUGCUUAUUGAGGGGGAGGGUGUGAAUCUAAGUUCAGCUAAUUGGACUUGUCAAAAGCAUCUUUCUGCUAUCUUACGCAUGAACCAAAAUGGUGAAGAAAAUGUAAUGGGCGCAUUUUGAGAUUUUGUAUUGAACACAAAUGUUUUAAAAAAAAAAAAAAAGAGGCUAGGCUAAGGCCUCUAAAUAGCCAUACCUUGUGGUGUGGUCCUGAGCCAUACAGUGCCAAAAGGGUCUGUGUCCAAUCCCUGGUCUGUGGUGAGUUGGUUGAAGCAUAGGUGGGGCAUUGUGAGUAGACUGAACACUCAAGGAUAGACCACUAUGUGUAGUUCAGCUUCUUUGAAUGGAGGGUUUUUAAGAGAUCAUGUGCACACAGCCCUGGUCUCAUAUUCCUUGCUGAGGACUGGACCAGCCCAGCUUCCUGGAUGAAGUGGCUCAUGGAGUUUAGCUGUUUGAGUAUGAAUGUGUGUGAGUGAUGUGCUGGAAGUAAAUCCAGCCACGGGUCACCUCCUUCACAAGUAAUUGCUGGCAAGAAGCAAGCUGGGUUUAUAGAUUAGAAUGUCUUUAGCUUCUGUGCAGUCUCACUGCAGCCCCAUCCAGAUCUCUGAAGAUCAAAUACAUGCACCCAAGUAAUGGGUUGUUUGUAUUUCAGUACAGGGUCAUACGAAAGUACAUCUUGUUCUAAUACCGUGUUUUAACUGAUUUUAUUAGCUAUCAAGCGUUAAGGUAAUUUUUUUUCUUUUGUUCUGUGUAUGCCGUCUGCACGCAAAAUAGAGUUGGAUAGGUUCUUGGGAAAUUUUGUAGGGCUGUGGGGCAAAAGCAAGGGAGUGACAUUAAUUGGAUAGCUCUUGCAAAGGGCUGAAAUCCUCGUUCUCCACUGUAUCCUAUGCAGAGACUACCUGCCUCAGGACUGAAUACUUAUAGAGAAUCCAAUAAUAAAAAAAUCCAGUUUGACUGGUGAAUUCCUAGGUAGCACAAUAUCUUAAUUGUUCUGAUCAUAAAUGUUGGUUGACCAAUAUCCAGUCUUGGUGUUUUAUUGCUUAAUUUUCACAGCAGUGAAUCUCUUUGAGAUGAACAUGAAGCAAGCUAAUUUGCGAAGGGGUGGGGAAGAGAUAGAAAGAAAUACGACGAGUGCAUGGGAGGGCUGAGAUUUGAGGAUCUUUGUGUUCCUCUCAAAGUUCUGUGUUUACAGAAUUUAUGUAGGUCCUGUGUGCACACGUGUGUGUACAACUGUGAUAGGUCCACCCCCAGUAACCACUGAGCAGAUUAUAAACUUUGAAACUUUUUUCUACAUGUAUUAUAUUUUAUCUGUCAUUUCUCUGAGCUUCCCAAAAAAAACUGUUUAAAAAUGAACAACGGAAUAAAGUAUGUUAAAUAUAUAGUGGCAUUUUUCUAUAAACUUGCUACAUAUUGUUGCUGUUACUGGUGUUUGUGACUGUACCGUGAUUAAAGUUAGUGGCUGAAGGUGGAAAUGCUGCAGAAGUUGGACUUUGCCUUGUUAACAUUUCUGAUAUUACUGUCUUUUUUUUAAAAAAAAAUCCUUUUGUCUUUCUUGCAUCUCUCUGUGGAAAUAUUGCACUUGUCUGAAUUCCAUUUGCUUUGAGCUGUUAUUUCCUAUUUAUUUAUUUCUCUGCUUCUUGCCUCGCUUUAGUGAGGAGCUGCCUGGCAAGAUUUUAUUUAUAGGUCUUUCCUUGUUGAGCCAUUAUACAAUGUUUGUUUUUUUUUACUUUGCUACCAUUGC